AUGGGAGAACAAAUGUUAAUUGCAACCAAAAAAAUUAAAAGAAUUUCUAAAACUUUAAAUCGUAAAAAGUCACGAUCAUCAAUUACACCUACUGAAAAAUCUCCAAAGCUCCAAUAUAAAAUCAGUCGUAAAAAAUCGUCUAUAUCUGUUUCGAAUAACGAAGGUUUUAAAACAACAGGACACAACAGGACUAAAUUAUCUAAUGCCUCUAAUGAAAAUAUAACACCAAACCCCUCAAAUACAUAUAUAGAAUUUGACAUAGCUCAUAAUAGUACCGAAAUAAAUAACUUCUCCGAAAGCUUAAAUGAAUGUUUUGCUGAUUCUACAAAUGGGAGUACAAUAGCAAAGUCCAACGAAAGUAUUCCAGUUUCAGACUAUACGUUAAAUUCAAGCCUACUUAUUGAAACAAAUUCUUACAAUAGCGCUGAAAUAAGCAGUUUUAAACAAAAUUAUACAGUAAACGUCUCAAAUAGUAUUGAUAGUAGCGUUGAAAUACAUAACAUAUCUAAAGAGUGUGCGUUUGUAACAAAUGAGAGCUUGUCUGAAUAUUUGCCUGACACAACAAAUGAUAAUACAAUUGAAAGCUUAAAUUUUAAUAACACGCCUAUGCAGGAAACGGAAAAAAGUGUGCAAGAGAUAACGUCACCUUUACACAUUUCUAGCGUAAAUAUUCCGGUUAGCAGCAAGUCUAAAAAACAUUUUUGUAUCUUUUGUAAGACAUUACAAACAAAAUUAGCAAGGCAUCUUAUACAUAAACAUAAGUCAGAAAAACAAGUAAAGGCGAUUUUACAUUUACCAAAAAAAAACAGAGAGCGCGUGAAGUUAAUAGAUCAAUUGCGAAAAGAUGGGGAUUAUUUACAUAACACAACAAAAUCGCUAAAUACUGGUAUACUUAUUUGUACCAGGCAGCAGCAGUCUAAAGUAAAUAACGAAGAAAAUGAUUACGUUUGUUGCAAAAAGUGCAAAGGUUUUUAUUCUAAAAAAACUUUAAGAUUACAUUUACGUAAAUGUGGAGUUUUUAGUAAAAAUGAUCGAACAAAUUUAAUUGCUGGUAGAAGACUUACACAAUAUAUACAUGAAGGAGCAAACGAAAUACUAAAAACCAAAAUUUUCCCAAUUCUAAGAGAUGAUAAAAUUACUAGAGUCAUCCGGUAUGAUGAUCUUAUAAUUAAGUUUGGAAAUAAAUUAGCGGAAAAAUAUACUUUAACUCAUCAACAUGACAUGGUACGUUCGCACUUGCGAUUAUUAGGUCGCUUUAAAAUAGCCAUUAAUGAGUUUUGCCCUGAUAUAAAUGAACUAAAGCAAAUUUUCAAGCCGCAAUUCUUCGACGCUUGUAUAAAAGCUUUGCGAAAAGUAGCUAAUUGGGAUAAUAGCUUAAUGUGGUUUAAAACUCCUGCGGUAGCACAGCACUUAACCUCACUAAUAAAAAAAUGUGGAUACAAGCAAAGGACAGAGUUAAUAAAAAUACAGGAUGAAGAUUUAAAAAAGGAUUUGGACGAUUUUUUACUUUUGUGGGAGGAAGAAAUACCCACCCUUAUAAACAAAAAGGCAUGUGAGGAUCAGGCAAACCAAAAACGAAAUAAAAAAACUGUUUUGCCCUCCAGAGAAGAUAUAAAGAAAUUAUAUUUAUACUUGAAAAAUAAAAUAAUUGAAGAAAUUAAAGUUUUGGAAAAAAAAUUUUCGUACCAAUCGUGGAUGGAGCUAGUUAAAUCUACUCUGAUUUUUAUUCAAAUCUUCAAUAGGAGAAGAGCGGGUGAAAUCGAGCGAUUGACACUCUCUAAUUAUAAAAAUAAAGAAGGUAUAACUGGAAAUAUAGAAGAAGAUAUUUUAAAGACUAUAUCAGAAGAAUCUCUAGAUUUUGCUAAACAAUUUGUUCGAAUUUCCAUCAGAGGGAAGUUGGGAAGAACGGUGAGUGUGUUGUUAAACCCGCUAUGUGUUCAAGCCAUUGAAGAGAUAAUAAAACAUAGAGAGGCUGCAGGGAUAACUUCUAGCAAUGAAUACAUUUUUUGUAAAAGGAGCACAUCAACUUUAUCCAAGGAAUAUUUUCGGGCUUGUCCACUUUUAAAACAAUUUUCAAUGGAAUGUGGCGCAAGGAUACCAGAAAGUUUAAGAGGUACCACAUUACGAAAACAUAUAGCAACACAUACAUCCCUGCUAAAUGUAGAAGAAGCUUCUGUAGACAGAUUAGCCAAUUUCAUGGGACAUCAUAAAGAUAUCCACAAAAAUUUUUAUAGAAUGUCAGUUCCAGUAUCGGAAAUAACAUGUGUUUCUAAGUUAUUGAUGAACGCCAUUGGAGAAGAAAAUGAAGAGGGUGAUGAAGUGUUUGAAAAUAUGGUUGACGAGGAGGGGGAGCUUGAGACAAGAACUGAAUUUAACUCAAAUAGUUAUAUAGAUUCUAAUAAAUCCGAAGCUUCAGACGAGAGUAGUAUGUCAGAAGAAGUACCUAAGAAGAAGAAGAAGAAAAGAAGAAGUACAUCACCUUUUGGAACAACCAAACGUUCCCGAUGGUCUCAAGAGGAAAGGGACGCAAUUAAUUCCUGUUUUGGAUGUUUGAGAGAUUUGGAAAAACUUCCUAGCCUUACAGAGUGUCUUCAUGCUAUUAUCAAAUGUCCUGUCCUAAAAAAUAGAACUCCUGCACAAAUUAAAACGUGGAUCGAUAAUCAGAGGAGAUACAAAUAAACAUUUUUUUCAUACAGCGUUC